UAUGCCAUGGAUUUAAACACGACACGCUUGAGAACGCAUAGUCUAGAUGAUGAGGAUACUAUCAGCGGAAACUCUCGCACUUCGUAUGGGGGUUUUCCCAAUUCCGUUUUCAAUUCGGAUUCGGAAUGCGGAGCCGCACCCAUCUCCGUACGCGAUAUGAUUAAGCGUUACAAUUCGGCAUUCAAAAACGAUACUAACGCGAAGGCGAAUUACAGCUUGAAACAUGCGAGAGCAAAUAAUUUAGUAAGACAUCAAUCACAACACUUGCUGCCAGCUUCGAAAGACUCAUGUUGUUGUCUCAAUAAUUUUGCUUCGCAAAUGGCGGUGGGUCAUGAGGACGAUAAUACCGCUGCAUAUAAAAAUUGCUGUAAAAAUUGUUCUGCUUGUACCUGUUGUCAAAAUAAAUGGCGUAAACAAUUGACAGGCAGCAAAAUGUCAACGCGAAGCGAUAGCGUGAAUAGUACCGUCUCUAGUGGUAUGCUUUGCAAAGAUUUGGCAUUGAAGUGUGCAAGCAUAAAAAACGGUAACAAAAAUGAGAAAGCUAAUGUAACUGCGACAAAUACUAGGAGUCGAUUGCAUUCAACGGACAGCGCUGAUGAAGUCAAUUGUCAUACGAUCGAGUCAUUUUAUCAAAGUAAAACCACAAUUGCCAAAACAGCUAAUGGUGUACGCAUAAUUAUUGAUAUAUAUUUUGAUCAGGAACAAUGUGUCAAUGCCACCGAUGUUAUUGGCAGUCGAGUAGAAACUGAUAUACCGCAUAGUCGUAUAUUAAGCGAAUUUCAGCAACAAAGCUUGUCGGCUAGUCAGUCAUUACAAAAAGAUAAUCGUUAA